UUCCAGUCACGGGAGUGUUAAGAUCAUAGUUUUAACCAAAUCUUAUUUGUAAACUGAAGAGAAAGUUAUCAAAAUUGCUGCCAUGAGUUUGAGUGUUGGGGGGUAUUCUCACCCAGGAUACCCUCACCCUGGUCCCAUGUCCCAUGAUUUCUACCAGUACCAACAGAUGGCGCGCUAUCCGGACCACUGUCCUGAUGCCUCCUAUUUUCAGAAUUGGGUUUUAAAUGGAGUUAAUGGACAUCAUUCGGAUAUUUCGGUUUCUCCAGAAUCAUAUGGCAUGUGUACCCCCAGUCCCACUGAUUAUCAUUCCAUCGGAGGUUCCGAACAUUAUUAUCAAAGUUUUGACAGGUGUAUAAAACGAAGGACUACUGCAAACAAAAAAGAACGAAGAAGGACUCAAAGCAUUAACACAGCUUUCGCUCAACUCAGGGGAUGUAUACCGAAUGUGCCAUCAGAUACAAAAUUAUCCAAAAUCAAAACAUUACGUCUAGCCACAAGUUAUAUAGCAUAUCUAAUGGACGUUUUAUCGAAAGACGACCCAAGUCUUACAGAAAAGGGAUUCAAAGCUGAGCUGACGAAGAAAAAAGAUGACAAAAAAGAAAAGCAAGAAAAACAGCAAAAGGAACAGGUCGCUUCUGAUAGCUCCAGUUCAGAAUCUACGAGCCCGAUCACAAACAACGAUAAAAAGUCAAAAGGACGGACAGGGUGGCCGCAGCAUGUCUGGGCGUCGGAACUGAAAAACUGACGAUUAAACACUGAACAGAGCGAAAAAUGUUUCCGGAAACUGAAAGAAGAAGGGUAUGCGAUUGAGCGGUUGUGUUCCGUGCAAUACAUGAUUGUUGGUUUAGUGACUGGUGUCUGAGAAAAUUCAAACUGAAUGUUGUGAUCAAAAUUCAGCUCAGCCAUGUCAAGAGAACAUCACAGCACCCCGCCGGUGAACAAGUUUGAUGUCUGCAAGUUGGACUUUUCCAGUGUCUGAAAGAUAUGUUUUCAUUUUUUUUAAUGACUUCCAUCAAUUUUGAAUCGUAGAAUUCAAUGGCAAACAUGUCUUGAGCGAAUGCUGGAUAGAAUUACUACAAGCUAACUAAUUUUAUCUUAUCAUUUCAAUGACUUCAGAUAGCUAAAUGGUAUAUAUGUUUUUCAAAAACAUUCUUUUAUGACAUUUUGUUGGCAAAUGUUUGAAAAUCAAUGGCAACAGUAAGGAUAAUGAGGAAAAGAUUUUGUCUUUUUGUAUUUAGUUUUCUUUGAAAUCAACAAACCAAAAUGCGCUGUAUGUCGAAGUCGUUAAAUGUACAAAAUGGGAGGAGUGUAGAAACCUAAUAAACGCACCAAAUUUUUAUCGAA